GCGUGAUCUAUAGCGUGCAUGUACAAAUUGAUAAAGAUUAUCUGUAGAGUAGAGUGUAUAUAUUAUAUCUAUAUAGUUGUACUUUGGUAGUGUGGUGAGAAGUGUAUGCAAGCUUACCACCUUUAUGAAGCGUCGCACCAAUACAAAACAUACUGUCAAUGCAAGGUUUACUACCAAUAUAAAGUUUACUACUAAUAUAGAGUACACAAACAAGACUAUUAAUACAAAGUGAUUUAUCAAUACAACAUCGAUACAAAGUACGUUACCAAUAUAAAUUAUACUACCAAUGUAAAGCAUACUGUCAAGACAAGACACAAUAUCAAUUCAUAAACAGGUUUUGUAACAAGCAUCGAUCAAAUUUAGUUUGGGGGGCGGAUACGCUUCUUCAGCAUACACACCGUGUUUAUUAAGAAUAGCAAGGGUCCAGAUCGAGCAUUUUAGAACCCUGGGAAUAAGUGGAAGCUAGCUUCAGCUCAAUAGCAUGAUCAAAUCCGAAGUACAGACACACACGGGCGCACCCACUCGCCCCACUAACGCAGAUGGCGUUAAAGCGUUUGAGGCGCAUUUCAGGCGAAAGGGGAAGUACGCAAUGGAUGCCGUGUGGGUGGACCUCCCACCGUCACGAGAGGUCAAUCCUGAGCUAUACGAUCACAUGAUUGCGUUCUGGCGAGAGAAUCUUGAGAUGUCGGCUGCCUAUGGACCAGGCUCUCGUUUUGUUGUGAAUCUGGAGCUAUUCAGAGACGUCCGGUGGAACGGCACCACCUACUGGGAUGAAAACCUGGGGCGCAUUCUGUUGGAGCUGCUGUCUAGUCCCACUGACUCCGCCAAGCUAGUGCGCCGAGACGAUGUGCUGCGAGGCACAGGUGUGGGGGCGUAUCUGCUGUCUGUGAUGAAGUGGUUGGCGUCGGGUGUGUGGGGUGUGGACCCACAGACGCUGCUGAGCGAUGGCCAGCAGUAUGUGCUGCUCGAGGCUCUGAAGACAGAGGCACACGCACUGUACCAACAGAGGAAGUACAUGGAGGGAGGGCAGCUGUGUACACUCACCCAACUGGCAGUAGAAGAACACUACACCACAGACGAUCUGAGGCUAAUGCUAGCGCAGCUGCAGACAGAGGGACUCUGCGUCACCACCACCGCGCACGACCAGGCCGUGGCUAAGUUUGCGACGGAGGAAGAGCCCAUCCCACGCAUAACCGAGAGAGACACACGCAUUGUGCAGCUGCGGUGGUCGAUUGGUAUGGAGGACGACUACAUCGCACAACUGGAUGAAGACAUAGAGAAAGACAACGCAGAGCUCAAGACACUUGUGCAGAGGAAAGCGCCUCAAGCCAAAAAGCUGGCCGUUCUCUCACGGAGAAAGAAUCGGGAAAAGAACAGAGACGUCAGGGCGUCCGCUCGACACAACCUCGAACACGUGUUACUUGAGUUGGAGAAUGCAGCCACCAACAUGGCUGUGAUGAAGGCAAUGACAGGCGCAGUGCAGACCCAUCAGGCCAUACAAGGCGUGGAUACGGCUGAGCACUACGGAAACGUUAUGGAUGAUAUAGCGGACGUUAUGGAUACGAACAAUGACAUUUCGCAAGCGAUGAGUUUGGAUGUGAGUGCCGUUGAUGCGGACGACGACGCACUGCUGGCAGAACUAGACGCACUGGAGAGCCACACAACUGAACCCAAACAGCGGGUAACAGAGCAGCACUACCGAUAUCCGAACAUUCCCCAAACGAACCCAAACUUUCAAAGGGAGUCGCAAACAGCUCACACUCAAAGACACGCCGCAACAUGAGGGUGAAUGGAAGUAUACCUCCAAAGGGCAACCAGAAAACAACUAGCGAGCACUUUCAACAAACAUCAAACGAACACUAAAGAUCAUAUAAAUAAAUAUCAAACGAUCAUUAAAAAGAGUAUUAAAAAAAUGCACCUAAGGCC